UAUACUACAAUUCUCUAUAUAACCUCCACCAUUCCUCCCCUCAAAGCCCUCCCCCUCUCUCUGAUCAUCAAGACCCUGGAAGCAAAUACAUAUCAUUUUGCUGUUCAUUUCUCCAAAAAUUGUCCUAAUACUAAUAGUAAUCAAUCCCUUCAUUUGUUGAAUAAUAUUGUUUUGGCCCCAGCUGGGAAAAUGAAGGAGAUCAGUGGAAGAAAACAAGGUGGAAUGUCUCCAUGCGCAGCAUGCAAGCUUCUGAGAAGGAGGUGUGCGCAGGAUUGUGUGUUUGCUCCUUAUUUUCCAGCUGAUGAGCCUCACAAGUUUGCAAGUGUGCACAAGGUUUUUGGUGCUAGCAAUGUUAAUAAGAUGCUACAGGAAUUACCGGAGCAGCAGCGCAGUGAUGCCGUGAGUUCGAUGGUGUAUGAAGCAAACGCUCGAGUGAGAGACCCUGUGUACGGUUGUGUUGGUGCAAUCUCAUCUCUGCAGCAACAGAUCGAUGUCCUGCAAACUCAACUGGCCAUCGCACAAGCUGAGGUCGUGCAUAUGAAAAUGAAUCAAUUCCCUUCUGCAUCAUCUCCCGCCGCAACCACAUCAGAAAACACCUCCCCCGUCUCAGUCAUGCCUAACAAUAACAAUUCUCAACAUCAUUAUCAUCCUCAUCAGAGCACCAAAUCCUUUUUUACAAUGGAUAUGGUGGUAGAUCAGGCCAAUUCUUUGUGGUCAUGCUAGAUAUGCCCUA